GGAAAUAUUGCAACCACCACCUAGCAACUUGUCAAAGGAUUUUAAAACAUUCUUUCAUCAUCCAAUCAGAAACAUGUAACGAUGAGUGCAGUUAUUAAACAUCCACGUAGACUAUGUUAGAGGCAGAUGCGCACCUUUGCCUCAAGCAGUCAAAUUGCAUUUCGUAUCGCAGCCUCUUCCUAAGGAUCAUAUCAAAAUCUGAAGAUGAAGACUAUUGUUCUACUAUCUCUUCUGGCAAUUGCCCUGAAUCAUGUUAAUGGUGGAGAACUGGGAUGUGUUUCGUCCACAGUUCAAUGUGGCACCAUCAAUCUCGGCAUACUUGAUGCUUCAACUUGCGAAGACAAGGCACCUUUUUUCAAGUGUUUACGCGAUAAGGGGUGUUCUCGAGCUGAUGAUACUUACAAAAAACAAGUGACACUUCACAAAUACGAACGUUGUGGAGCAUCAGCUAUAAUUAUGGGAUGGACAUUACCAAUUCUGAUGUUUACAGUAGCUAAAUAUUUCUCUAAGAAUUAAUGUUCAUGAUAUUUUCUCCUUUUCCAGUUAAUACUAAUCUGUUCCUUUAAAUGUAAUCUAAUGUGAAAACAAAAUUUGCUAUUGAAAUUUAAAAUUGGAUUUUUUUUUCUCACAUCUUGAAUUUAAAAUAAAAUAUUGACAUUGUCUUCCUAAUUGUUGUUGUUGUUUGUUGUAAAAAAUUUUUUUUUAAUAAAUUGUCAUAUUCUUCUGUUAUUAAUAUUAUACUUGAAUAAAGUUUUAUAAAAGUUA